ACCCUGUCUCGAUCUCUCUCUCUCGCUCUCUAAUUGAUUUAUUCUGUUCGAAACACAAAUCAAAACAAAGCGACGAAAAGCGAUGUGUACGUCAAUGAAAAUCUAAGAAAAUCAAAGAAAAUGCAUACAUCACUUUUCACCAAAGACUCCAAACAACAAAUACACUACGGGAAAAAAUCAACAAAUUAAAUCGAGGAAUUCUCGCCCUAUCACCUUUCAUGGUAUGUCAGAAAGAAUGAGAAAGCAACUUGAUUUUGUGCCUUGGCAAAAACAAGGUGGUGACUGCUCGAUUAUACAGACUGUCCCCGAGAUACGCUCCCAAGUGCCACAAAUUCACCAAAUGACCACUAAACGGGGUCUAAACGGUUCAAGCUCUCAACCAAAACGGAAAAUAAAAAGCCUUCGUUUAGCAGACGGUAAAUAACUCAUGCGUUCUAAAAAUAGUAAAAAAAGCUGAUGGCGCCAUCUGUUGGUGGGAUAACCACACAGCGGAGCUUUCUUCGGUUGGAAAGCUUUCUCAUUCCCACUGUACUGUUGUAUGGUUAUGCAUUGAAGUUAUGCAUCGCUAGAACUAGAACGUCGAAACAGAUUGCUAGCAAAGGAUAUCAAUAUUAUAAUGAGAUAUGAAACGCCAUCUAUUGAGCAAUCCAGUGAAGUUAUGGAACUUUCGUUUUUUUCCAUGGAUAUCUGAUUUUCCAGUCGUUUAAGCUUAAUCUCUGGCGUUUGGGAUAGAAUCUUGCACAAACCCAGAAGUUCGUGUGAACUGCAAUUCUACACGUCGCUCGAGCCCUGUCAAAGAUUGCGUGACGGGUAGCAGUCGAACGGAAAUGCUUGCGUGUUGUAAACAACAACAAAUCAACGCUUCAAAAUUCUGGUUCGGAAACAAGCAAACAUAUCUCUGUGCAGAAAAUGAUAUUCCCGGUGUGGAACUAAAACUCCAAACUAGGACAAUUCUCAAAAUCCUCAAAAAUGAAGCUGUCGCUACCGUUGCAAGGAUACUUUGAUCUGCUGAAGCAUUCACCGGGCGAGAAAAAGUUUGUCUGCAUCCACUGCGGUCGGCCUGUGUCCGGCCUGUACCGUCAGAUCAGUUCCACCGUGCUGAAAAUCAUCGACUGCGAUAAAUGCAAAAAACCUGCCGACAAGUACAUCGAGUUCGAGGUGCUUAUCAUACUGAUCGAUUUAAUACUGCUGUCCAAGCCCGCCUAUCGACAUAUUCUAUACAAUUCCGAUUGUAAGAACCUCUGGAAAAUUGGCUGCAUUCUGAUACUGCUCGAGGCGUACUGUUUCUGGACAGAUGCCUUCCGCGGUAUAACCAGCAUUACCUAUCGUUCGCACCUGACCGAUCCGUUCCUGUCCGAGAAGGGGUUCUAUCUGUCGACCGUUCAUUUCGUGGCCGGUUUUCUACUGCUGUAUGGGUUUAUUUACUUAUUUACCCGUGUUCUGCACCGCUCCGUGCCGAAGGUAACGGGCAAUGGGAAAACCUACCCGCACAUGCUUCUGCAUGGCGUGAUACUAGCCAGCAUCGGGAAGUUUCUCUUCAUUCCCAUCAUUAUCUGGAGGGAAAACUCGACCGAGACGGGCAUGGCCAUCCAUAUUGUGCUGGUGUUGAUGUAUUUUGUGAUAUCGCUGGUACAGAUCCACUCGGUCGUUAGUGACUGUACGCGGUCGCGAUCCGGCGUGAUCGUCAUUCUGGCGUUUAUUGUUAAGGCAUACUUUCUGACUCGAGUGAGCGGAUUGCUGCAGCAGUUUGUAUAAUAAAUUAGUAUUCUCUCUUA